CCUGAGUUUAUUUCAUUUCAACUCCACGUUGUUUGGCUCGGUGGACAUUUUAAAACAGUGAAAUUAAACAAAUGGGUCGCAAAUUCCAAAGGAAAAAGAAGGUCGAGCAGCUAGAGAUUGUGCCGCUGGAUGAGAAUCUACCGCUACCACCGCAAAGACAAUCAGAUGAAGUCAUUCCCAAGAAGGAGAAAUGGAUUAACAAACAGCGCGUCUUGGUGUUUGCUGCACGUGGUAUUAGCCACCGCGACAGGCAUCUGAUGCGCGACAUCAAAACACUGAUGCCCCACCAUCGGGCCGAGUCGAAAAUGGAGCGCGCCAAGACGCUGUCGGUGGUCAACGAGAUGUGCGAAAUGAAGCACUGCAACAAGGCGAUGCUGUUCGAGGGACGCCGUAAACGGGAUCUGUACAUGUGGCUAUCGAAUACGGUCGCUUCGACUGGGCCCUCGGCCAAAUUUCUCAUCGAGAACAUACACACAAUGGCCGAGUUGAAGUUAACCGGAAAUUGCUUGCGAGGAUCGCGUCCGCUGCUCUCCUUUGAUGCCAAAUUUGAUGAGUUGCCCCACCUGAAAUUGCUCAAGGAGCUGUUUGUGCAGACAUUUGCUGUGCCCAAUCAUCAUCCGAAGAGCCAACCGUUUGUGGAUCAUGUGUACACCUUUACCUACCUGGAUAACCGCAUUUGGUUUAGGAAUUUCCAAAUUCUAUCUGAAGAUGGUGGCCUUUCUGAGGUGGGUCCACGCUAUGUCAUGAAUCCCGUUAAGAUCUUUGAUGGCUCGUUCACGGGCACAACGAUUUGGGAAAAUCCUGAUUACGUGAGUCCCGCCAAGCAGCGACAGAUGCUCAAGAAAGCGGCCAAGGAUAAAUAUGUCAAUCGUGUGGAGCAAAAGGUAAACCAUGAGGCAACACGUCCCGUUAAGGCUUACGAGGGUAUCGAAAAUGAGGAGCUUUUCGACGACGAGGAUCCACUGGAAACGGCUAAACUGUUAGCACUAAAGGCCAAAAAGAAGGCCGAGGCGAAGAAGACACCAAAAUCGGCGCUAACCGAUAAGAUCAAGGAGAAGCAAAUGAAGGCCGUUCAACAAGUAAUUCAGCAGCGAAAGGCGAAGGUAAAACGUACGAAAAAAGCUUAAAUCUUUUAAUGUUUACAUAAAUAUAUAAAAAUGAAUACGUUUAAUAAAUACGUUUACAAAUGUGCUGCA